AUGAGUUUCAACUAUAAACAAACCGAUUUUGAGGUAAACCUAGAAAACCAGGAAAAGGGACCAGAAACAUCAUGGAUGUGUUGGGGCAAAACUCGAUUUUUGAUUUUGUUCAUUGGACUGGUCUGUAUCACAUGCACAAACGCCAACAUGAUUCUGAUGAAUUUCACUGUCAUUUGCAUGGACGACGUCAUCAGUGAGCAGAAGACAACAUUUACGAACAGAACACACUGGCUAGAAAAAUCAUCCGAUAUUUCGUUGACGUUCUCUGCCGCCGCAGUUGGAGCAAUAUUCGGAACAAUUCCAGCAGUGACACUCAUUGCCAGAUAUGGAAUACGACGAGUUCUUACUGUAUACGGACUGUUGUCCGCUGCAGGAACGAUUCUGACGCCGUUGGCAGUGGAAUAUGGAUUGAUUCCAGUGUUGAUUGCUAGAUUCUUUCAAGGAGUUGGUGCAUCUGUUUUGUAUUCCUCAAUCGGAACAAUUUCCGAGUCAUGGAGUCCGAUUACGGAGAUCGGAACGUUCGUGGCAUUUUUGUCAUCGGCGUUUCAGAUUAGUAACAUUGUGACGAUGCCAACAGCUGGUUUUCUUUGCGAGUCUUCACUUGGAUGGAGAUCUAUUUAUUAUAUUUUUGGAGGGAUUACUGUAGUUUUGUAUAUAGUGUUCUAUUGGUAUUACAAUGAUGCGCCGGAUAAGCAUAAACAUGUCGGCAAAAAAGAGCUUCGAAGAAUUCGUGACGGGAAGAUUAUUACAUCUUCGACAAUUAAGACACAACUUCAAGUGAAAUACAGUCAGAUUUUCACAAAUUGGGAAGUUUUCGAGAUUACUUUGGCUAUAAUCGGAGGAAGUGCUUCAGUUAUCUGUCUCAAUAACUACGGUCCCAUUUAUUUGAAUAAGGUUUUGGGCCUGAAUAUUCGAGAAACGGGUUAUUCGAAUGCCAUUCCAUACUUUUUCGCUGCAAUUGUCAAGUUUGCAGCCGGACCAAUUACAGAUAAAUUGGCUCAUAUUACGGAAAGAAUUCGUUUAAUAAUGUUCGCUUUUGUUCCUCAGGUCGCAAUGGCCAUCGGAUAUUUAGUAAUGUCAUUUACAUCACACGUCAUCAUUGCUCAGGUGGCGUACACAUUUUCGGUCGUACUAGCAGGCCUGAAUGUGAUCGGAAUGGUGAAAUGCGCUCAAAUUGUCGCUGAAAAACAUUUGGCACUGAUAAUGGCGGUGAUAUCAAUGAGCUCCUGGGUGUCCGCGUUCAUUCUUCCCAUCGUCAUUGGCGUCAUUUGUCCGACGAAUUCUCAUGCCGAGUGGUCUCGAUUCUACCUAUUUGUUGCCAUUUUUGUAACAUUGACCAAUAUUCCCUUCCCGUUUCUGGCGAGGGUGAGCGGGAGAAAACGAGUAGCUCCUGAAACGAAGUUUUAA